AUGUUUAUAUAUUCAGAUUUAAACAUUGCGAUUGACGAUGAAACACAAAACUCCGAUUUAAGAACGUCAUCUGUUCAUGCCCAUGGUUUUGAAGAGGAAUCUAUCCCUUUACGCAUCCCAAUGCCCAACCAUGGCAUACCAGAUUUAAACAUAGCGAUUGACGAUGAAACGCAUAACUUCGUUACCGGAACAUCCUCUGGUCAUGCAAAUGAAGAGUAUUGUGAUUUCGGUGAUGCAAGCAAUAGUUGUGUCCAUUGUGGGGCGAUGUUUUGGUUCGAGGAAAGGAAGAAAAACUAUUCCACUAAAGGUCCACCGAUGUUUCCAUUGUGCUGCAACAAUGGCAAGAUUAAGUUACAGGAGAAUGCGUUGCCACCGAAAGUUAUAUAUACAAUUGAGUUCCAAAAGCGAGGCCUCCCGCAUGCUCAUAUAUUGCUUUUUUUGGGAAAGAAUCAGGACGUUAGUGAUGUUGUUACUCUAGAUAAGAUAAUUUCUGCAGAGAUACCAGAUGAAAAGACAGAUGUGCAAUAUUACAAAGCGGUGGAGGAAUUUAUGAUGCAUGGGCCAUCUGGAAAAGCAAGGACCAAUUCUCCCUGUAUGGUAAAUGCACGAUGCUCAAAACAUUUUCCUAAGAGAUUUGUUGAGAGCUCUACAUUUGAUGCCGAUGGUUACCCAGUAUAUAGAAGGAGAGACAACGGCAAUAUAGUUACAAAGAACGGGAUCGCAUUGGACAACAGGUAUGUUGUACCACACAAUAGGCAUUUAUUGCUUAAGUAUAAGGCUCAUAUAAAUGUGGAGUGGUGCAACCAGUCACGCUCAAUCAAGUACCUGUUCAAGUACGUUAAUAAGGGUCAUGACAGAGUAACUGCAGAAUUCUACAACACAACCAGUGAUGAAGAAAAGGGGAAAGUCAUAGAUGAGAUCAAUAUGUACUACGAUUGUAGGUACAUAUCACCAUGUGAAGCAGUUUGGCGUUUGUUUGGUUUUGAUAUACAGCUAAGGGCGCCUUCAGUUGAAAGGUUAAGCUUUCACCUUCCAAAUCAACAGAGCGUGAUAUUUUCAGAUGACGAUCCUGUUGAGAACAUUAUAAAUAGACCAACAAUAGCACAAAGCAUGUUCUUAGAAUGGUUUGAGGCGAAUAAAACUUUCCUUGAUGCAAGAGAGCUUACUUAUGUGGAAAUGCCCACAAAAUUCGUUUGGAAGAAAGAUGUCCGAAAAUGGCAACCAAGGAAAAAAGGAUUCUCAAUUGGUCCGAUAUUUUAUGUUCCCCCAGCUACUGGCGAAAUAUUUUAUUUGAGGUGUCUGUUGAAUAAAAUACGUGGGCCUACAAGUUAUGAAGAUAUUAGGACUGUAAAUGGUGUCCUCUAUAACUCAUUUCGAGACGCGUGUUAUGCUAGAGGUUUAGUUGAUGAUGAUAACGAAUAUGUUGAUGCAAUAGAAGAAGCCAGUCAUUGGACGUCAGCAGAUCAACUGAGGAGACUAUUUGUUACAUUGCUAAUGAGCAGUUACAUGGGUAAACCGGAAAGCGUUUGGUAUGUUGUGUGGCCACAUUUGUCAGAUGAUGCACAAUUCCAGAUCCCGAAACAAUUGCACAAUAGAGAUUUUGUGUUGACCGAUUCGCACAAGAUGAACUUUGCUUUAGUGGAGAUUGAAAAACUAUUAUCUAUUCAUGGAAAGAGUUUGAAGGACUAUCCAGAAAUGCCUGCUGCAAACUGUACCGCAUUACAUAUUAUAUCGAACAGGUUUAUACAAGAGGAAUUAGCAUACGACUGUGUGGAACAAGAGAAAGAGAACCUGGAGUUGGUAAGUCAAUUAACUGAUGAGCAAAAGUUCAUAUACAAUGAGGUGUUAACCGAUAUUGAUGGCCAGUCUGGAGGGUUAUUCUUCGUUUACGGUUAUGGAGGUACUAGAAAGACCUUUUUGUGGCGUGCAUUGUUCUCCGCAUUAAGGUCUAAAAGAGAAAUAGUGUUAAAUGUUGCAUCCAGCGGUAUAGCGUCGCUUUUAUUUCCAGGGGGCAGAAUUGCACAUUCUCGAUUUGCCAUACCGAUCUCUGUUAAUGAAGAUUCCACUUGCAACAUAAGUCACGGCAGUCAACUGGCAGAGCUUAUUGUGCAAAGCAAGUUGAUCAUAUGGGAUGAAGCUCCAAUGAUGCACAAAUUUUGUUUUGAGGCCCUAGAUCGAACUAUGAGGGAUUUGAUGCGUUUCAAAAAUCCAAGGAGCUUUGAUAUGACAUUCGGUGGUAAAACAGUGGUGCUAGGUGGGGAUUUCAAACAGAUUUUACCAGUCAUUCCGAAGGGUACAAGACAGGAUAUUGUCCGUGCAAACAUUAGCUCCUCAUAUCUAUGGAAGUCCUACAAAGUAUUGCGACUGACUAAGAAUCUACGACUAAGAAGUGUACAGUUAGAAAUAGAGUGUCGAGAGAUCGACGACUUUGCAAAAUGGAUAGCUAAUAUAGGUGACGGAACGGUUGGUAUUCAAUUUGAUGGUGGGUCAGAUAUUACAGUUCCUGAACGUUUAUUGCUAGAGUGCGAGGAUGACCCUAUUGCCACAAUUGUUGAUAGCACCUUCCCGAAUUUUAGACAAGGGAUGGGUGAUCUGUCAUACCUCAAUGAUAGUGCAAUUUUGGCUCCAAAAUUGGAUGUCGUAGAUAGCAUUAACCAAUACAUGAAUGACCAUAAUCCGGCUGAGGGAAAGACAUACUUGAGUUGUGAUUCCGUUUGUAAAUCAGAUUCAAAUGUUGAUAUGUUAGCAUAUUUGCACACUCCCGAAUUCUUGAAUGGCCUUAGAUGUUCUGGAGUACCAAAUCAUGCUUUGACAUUGAAAGUUGGGUCACCUGUUAUGCUCUUGAGAAAUAUUGAUCACACACUCGGAUUAUGCAACGGUACAAGGUUGAUUGUUACUAGGUUAGCUGAACACGUGUUGGAAGGCAAGAUCAUGUGCGGUACAAAUGCUGGAACAAGACGGUUUCAAGAGUUAGUAGCCCAAGGGGUUUGA